UCUUCUAAACAAACUUCUUCUGUAGGUUAUUUACAGCAGCUGACAGUGAUGACAUCUGCACAACGAUCCGCUUUAUAAACAGCAAAAGGCCAUGGACGACAAUAAUGGGUGUUGGGUGGGGUUAUGGUGCCAAUAUGCUGACAAAGUACCUUGUGGAAGCUGGAGAGUCUACUCCUCUUACGGCUGCUGUUUGUAUUGACAAUCCUUUUGACCUACAGGAAGCAACAAGAACAUUUCCUCAUAAUAUCGCUCUUGAUCAAAAGCUCACAGCUGGCUUGGUUGAUAUUCUGCGUGCGAAUAAGGAACUCUUUCAAGGAAAGGAUAAAGACUUUGAUGUCCAAAAGGCUUUAUCGGCGAACUGUUUGCGUGACUUUGAUGGAGCAAUAUCCAUGGUUUCACAUGGGUUUGCUAAUGUUGAUGACUUCUAUUCGGAAAAUAGCGUGAGGCCUUCAGUUGCCAGUUUGAAAAUACCUGUUCUCUUUAUACAGAGUGAUGAUGGGACUGUGCCACUUAUGUCAGUACCGCGUAGUUCAAUAUCAGAAAAUCCUUUUACCAGCCUUCUCCUUUGUUCUUGUGUACACUCAACUGGAUUCACCUUUGAGAGAUACACUGAAUUAUGGUGCCAGAAUCUUACCCUAGAGUGGUUGUCAGCAGUGGAGUUUGCUCUUCUUAAGGGUCGUCAUCCGCUUAUCAAAGAUGUGGAUAUCACCGUUAACCCAUCCAAAGGUCUAGCAUUCACCGUACCUCAACCGAAUGAUAAUAAGGUCCCCAAAGAGGACAAUUUUCAUGAGCAAGCUCAGUUUUUUCUCUCUAAUAAUUUUCCCCAUGGAAUAAAUGGGCUGCUCAAUGAUUCUGCAAAUGGAUAUUCUGGUGCUCAAAAUAGCAAAAAUGGCCUGUUAAAAGAUAAUGGUGAUAUAGGCAGAAUAAUCAAAGAGGCUGAUGAACAGGAGCCAGAAGAGAUUCCUGAAGAUAUUGAAAAAGGUCAUGUAUCUGGUGCUCAAAAUAGCAAAAAUGGGCUGUUAAAAGAUAAUGGUGAUGUAGGCAGGAUAAUCAAAGAGGCUGAUGAAGAGGAGCCAGAAGAGAUUCCUGAAGAUGUUGAAAAAGGUCAUGUACUACAAUCAGCAGGUCUUGUGAUGAAUAUGCUGGAUGCUACAAUGCCUGGCACUCUGGAUGAUGAUCAAAAGAACAAGGUUCUGGUGGCAGUAGAACAAGGUGAAUCUCUUGUAAAAGCUCUAGAAGAAGCUGUACCUGAAGAUGUGCGUGAAAAGCUUACGUCGUCUGUGACUGAAAUUUUACAAUCUAAACGACACAAUUUCAAUUUGGAUGCAUUGAAGCGCGGCUGGACCAAUGCAAGAUCAACCACCAAGACUGUUGUCCAAGAAAAGGUCAAAGAGUCAGACCAUGAGAGUGGAGCUAAGGAUGCCAAAAUUCUUGACCAGAACAGGAGUGUUACAUCCAUUGGUGAGGGAGACCAAAAAGAGACUAAUCUGACCUCAAACGACAACAAUUCUGCUGAUGGUAUCGAUUUAUCACAAGCAAAGCCUGUAGGAACUGGAAUCGAAAUGGGAAGUGAACAGACUCAACUCGAUAAAUCUGAGAAAGAUAACUCUGGAGUGAAUGAAAGCAGUGAAGAGAAGCAAGAGGCCGAUCAGGGCAGUGUAACAGAACCAAAGCAUCUUUCCAAUGAUCCAUCAACAGCCAACUCAAAAGGAACUCCCAGGGAGCAAGUGCAGUCGGCAGAUGUUACAGCAGAGCAGAAUCCACAGUCCAAUAUGGUAGACAAGGAAGUUGAUGUAGUUCAUGCCAAUGAAGAUACGGUUGCACUUAAUGUUGUUGAUCAGAGCACACAAAUCUCUAAAACAGAAGAAUCUAAACAUCCGUCAGUUAAUAAUGUGAGACAGGCAUUGGAUGCCUUAACUGAUUUUGAUGACUCGACUCAAAUGGCUGUCAAUAGUGUGUUCGGAGUUAUUGAAAAUAUGAUUGACCAGUUUCAAAAGCACAAGGACUCUGAGGACAGGGAGAAUUCUGCUGGAGCCACCGAUAAACCUCCUGUUGAUGAGACAAAGUCUGAUGUGAUGGUGGAUGUGGACAAUGAGUUAAGUGGAAAGGACAAAAAUCCAUCAUCAUCUGGUGAAUCACAACAUAAUACUUCUGUUAAAGCUCGUUCAAUCAUGUCUGAAGAUCAUAAUUUUAGUGAGAAAAAAUCUGAUUUGAACACUGUCCCACCUUCGAAAGGAAAAAUCAGAAAUUCUCAAAGAAAUAUACCUGGAAAUGAUGUUGAUGGUGAUGUUGCAAAGAUAGUGAGUGGCUCACCUGAUUACUUGUUGGACGUAGCUGCCAGUUCUUAUUUGAAGGUGCAGUAUGCUUUGUACCUUCAUGAAUAUCUUACAAGGCAACUGCAACUUGAGUCACCAGAUUUGAACUCGGCAACUGAUCUUUUCCUUGAUCCGCAAGAGGGUAAAUGGAAACUAGCAGAUCAAAUGGACAAUGUGCAAGGUGACAUUUCUAUAUCUGGAAAAUAUAGCUUCGUUAAUGAAGGGAUCAAGCAUGCAGAUUCCUCCCAAGCUCCACCUAGGACAGGCAAUGUUAUUUUGCCACCAUACUCAGCUCUGCGAAAUUUUGCAGACUCUGAAACCAAAAGGAAGGUAAUUGAGAAGUUGCCUGGUAAUGCUUUGAGACAGACACUCACAUACUUUAUUAGUGAUGAGUUAACAAAUACUCUCAAAACUGAAGUUGGUCGCAGACUGGGGAUAACAAAAGCUGAGAAACUUCAAAGAAGUCUUGCACAUGAUGUAGAACGACUCGCUACUCAAGUUUCUAGAACUAUUGUCCAUGACUCUGAGUUAUACAGAGCAACAUCUGUGCAGAGGAAUCCAACGACUGUGAAAUUUGGUGUGGUCCAUGGCGAAAAUGUUGUUGAAGCUGUAUCAACUGCAGUUCUGCAAUCUCAUGAUCUGAGGAAGGUUCUUCCAGUGGGUGUGAUAGUUGGCGUAACUUUAGCGUCCUUGAGAAACUACUUCCAUGUUGGUGUCUCUAAGCAUGACAACCUUACAAAAGCUGCGGUCAAGUCAGGAAUUUUGGAUGAGGAUCUUAUUGUUCAGGAUGCUGACGAAGGAAAUAUGGAUAAUCUUUCCACACAGAAAGAGGCAAAUGCUGAUCUUUGCACACAAAAAGAAGCAAAUACAGAUUAUUAUAUCGAAAAACCCGGUGAGCACAAGCAACAGGAGAUAACAAAGUCAGAUGGUAAAGGCAUGAUGGUUGGGGCUGUAACGGCUGCCCUAGGUGCUUCUGCAUUCGUAGCACAUCAUCAACAAAAGAAUGCUGAAGAGCAUGAUAGCAGCACACAGCAUAAUCUUGACGACACUGAACUGGAAAAGAGCCAGAACAACUUAGUGAGAAGCUUUGCUGAGAAAGCCAUGUCUGUUGCAGCUCCGGUGGUACCCAAGAAGGGUGGUGGUGAACUUGAUCACGAUAGGCUCGUUGCUGUUCUAGCUGAACUAGGGCAAAGAGGUGGAAUUUUGAAAUUUGUGGGGAAACUUGCUCUGCUCUGGGGAGGUAUUCGUGGUGCUUUGAGCUUGACUGACAGGCUCAUCUUGUUCUUACGUAUCAGUGAACGUAACUUAUUUCAGAGGUUAGUUCUUCCAACUUAUAAUUUUCUCCAGAAAUAUAUGCAGAUAGAGAAGAAACAUAAAUUCAAAUGUCAUAUAUCAUCAAUAGAUUAUGUUAGCAGGAUAUGGAAGUUUUAAAAUGGCUGGCAGGAUGCCCCUGGGUCGCAUUGAAUUUUGAAUCAGCAAACCAUAAGUUCCGAUCAUUUUUUAGUUUCCUACACUACAUCAAUCACCUUGUAGAACUAGUUGCAAGUUUGCGACAUGAUAACACCAUAAGUUUCAUAUAUCAGCAUAGCCUUAUUUUGUAAGCAUCACGAGUGUUAUCAAUGAAUGGCUCGUUCUGUACUGUAGCGGUUAGAUGAACAAUGGUUUGUGUGCGACUUGCGGUAAACGUCUUGCCUUUCCUGGCAGACGUGUUGCGUGUUAUAUAGCGGGGUUGCGAGCCCAAAUACGCGUACAAGUUGGUUAGGAGAUUACAUCUUGGAAAGGAAGAAAAGCUAGAGAUAAAGAAGAUAAAGAUUACAAGAUACUUAUCUAACUAACUACUCCUGGUGAACUUCUCCUUGUACACGCAAGGCAUGUGCAAUAUUAUCAUCAUGUUUGACACCCUCCCUUAAUCACAACUUCAUUAGGUUGAGAUUAUGCUUGAAGUCUUCAAAACUUCUUGUAGGCAAAGCUUUGGUAAAGCCAUCAGCAACUUGGUCUUGAGAAUGAAUAAACCGAAUAUCCAAAAGCUUAUUUGCAACUCUUUCUCGAACAAAGUGAAAAUCUAUUUCAAUGUGCUUGGUCCUAGCAUGAAAGACUGGAUUUGCUGACAAAUAGGUGGCACCUAAAUUAUCACACCACAGACAUGGAGCUCUAGUGCUUUUUAUACCUAGUUCCUUUAAAAUUGAUUGCACCCAUAUGAUCUCUGCUGUUGCAUUAGCCAAUGCUUUGUAUUCUGCCUCUGUACUGGACCUUGAAACUGUGGCUUGCUUUCUUGCACUCCAAGAUAUCAAAUUUGGUCCGAGGAAUACCGCAAAACCACCAGUUGAGCGUCUAUCAUCUAAACACCCAGCCCAGUCUGAGUCAGAAAAGGCACUGACAAGUGCAGAGGAUGACUUGCUGAAGUUUAGGCCAAUGUUCAAUGUGUUUUUCACAUAUCUUACUAUACGUUUUGCAGCAGUCAUGUGAACAGUGGUAGGUGCAUGAAGAAACUGACAUACUUUAUUGACAGCAAAAGAAAUAUCUGGUCUAGUCAAUGUUAAGUAUUGAAGUGCACCUACCAGGCUCCUGUAUUUUGUACUAUUUUCUGAAUUCAGAUGCUCUCCUUCAACAAGAGACAAUUUUUCUGUUCUAGACAAAGGAGUAGGUGCAGACUUACAACUUUGCAAUUUUUACCAAGUCUGUUGCAUACUUUUCUUGAGAGAGGUGAAGACCAUUCUUGUGUUGUUUGACCUCAAUACCAAGAAAGUAGUGUAGAUCUCCUAGAUCCUUUAGAGCAAACUCUGCACUU